UAACUCAUUUCCGGGUAAAUCCAGUCCAGCCCUGUUCUGCCCCGCCUCCUCUUAGCCACGCCCCCAGCGUGUACUACAGUCCGCCACAUGAGAACCGGAGCGGAGAGUAAAAACCGCUAUGAAGUCCCCUGGACCUCUGGAGAAACGUCUGCGUUUUAUCGUCGUGCUGGUCCAGGUGGUGCUGGUUUCUGUCGGGGCUCGUUCGGACCCUGGCUGGACGGCCCACCUGCUGUGUUCAUGUCUCCAGGACAAAGACAUCCUCAGUAUGAUGAUCACCACGCCUGACCUUCCAGAGAAUGAGUACUGCUUCUUCAUCCAGGACGGCCGCGAAGAUACAACCAACCAGAAUGCUGCGUUCAUUGAACGUUUGUCCUGGACAGGAGGUCCUAAUGUGACCAUGAAGGAGGUGACCAGCAGCGAUGCGGUGCCGUACACCUGCAAAGGUCGUUACAAAGGCCCAGGAGAUGAUCCCAAAGACACCAUGUGUCCCGCCAACCUGACUGUCCAAGUCCCUGCCGUUUACGGUCAGAACGCCAUCCUGCCAUGUUGGUGUCUCCAGGGAAGCUUCCUCGGGAUGAACAUUACCAGACCUGGCAUCCUAAACGGCAAGUACUGCGUCUUCAUCCGAGACGGCCACAAAGAUCCAACAAACCAGGAUGCUGCGUGUGCCGGACGUAUGACCUGGACAGGAGGGUCUAAUGUGACCAUGAAGAACGUGACCAGCAGAGACGAGGCGCUGUACACCUGCCACGGUUCCUUCGAAGACCAUGAUGGAGGAAUCAAGGAAACCUGGUGUUCUACCUACCUGACUGUUCAAGGUGGACCCGCCCCGAGACCACCAGGACCACCAGGAGACAUUUCUCAGGACCUGCUAAAGGCGAUCGGACUGACUGUUCCAACUAUUUUAACUACUGUCGGUAUUGUAGUUGUUGUAAUUAUUGUAAUUAUUGUAAAAAGAAAAUCUCUGAUUAAUUUCCUAAAGAAAAGACGUAGACGUCAUCAGCCAGUUGGUGAUCAUGUUAAAGAGAACGACACUGAUGAUGAUGGUGAUGAUGGAAAUGAGGAUGAGAAACUUGUUUUUGCAUGAAAAUUUCACCAGUGAAGUGAGCUGGAUCUACUGUUGAUACUUCUAUAAGGACCUUUUAUGGUCUCUGUGGUCCUGCUGGGUGAUGGGUCAGGUUCCAGUUCUUUAGUCUUUCCUAUAUGAAGUGUAAAGUUUUCGUUUUUGGAACUAAAAAAACAAAAUAAGUCAUAAAACUACAAAUCCCAGCAUGCCUUGCUGUAGUUGACGUCUCUGUGUGAGCGAGUCUAUCAGAGGAGGAACUGCUGAGCACCUCCUGGUCCUCCACUGGUCUGCGUUACCUCAGGACCGUUCUUCCUUCGAUGUCCCGGCCUCACCUCUGCGACAGGAACGCUGCAGACCGCCACCCCGAUCUGUGAACCAGGACCCAGAGGACUCUGGUCCUGCUCUCAUCAGAACGCUGAUCCUGCUGUUUGGUCCUGGUCUGUCCUGAAACAGAGGACAACUAUCAUCAGCUCUGCUCAGGCCUGGAUCUAGCUGGACAUAAAAUACUGCAAAUGUAUUUCUGUGUGGACUUAAUACGGAUAUUUAUGAUGUUAAAACAAUAUUUUAUUUUAUUUAUUUCUGUUUUUCUAUGCAAAAAAGAUAAAUGUGGAUGGUGUUAUAUUUUUACAUGGAUAAAUUUUAUUUAUAUUUCACCUUUUUUAUCUCACUUGAAAUGUUUUGUAUGAAUAAAUUUUUACUGAACUUU